AGUUCUUGGCAAACUCACCCAUUCAUUCAUUCAUCUUAACUUACUUAAAAAAAUCUAAAAAACAAAGAAGAUAUAAAAAAGCCAUGGCUCGUAACUUGAUCAUCUUCUCCUUGGUUGUAUUGUCUAUGAUUGCAAUUGCUUCAUCUGAAACCAAGAAGAAAGAUCUUGGUAAGAUCAUCGUCCAUGGCACAGUUCUUUGCAAGCAAGGCAACAAGACCAUUGAAGGUGCAACUGUAACUCUUAACUGCACCGGGCAACCACAAGGUGAUAAACCAAGACAAAUUAUUACAGUGGUUAGCAACCCAACUAAUGCGAAAGGUGAGUACACCAUCGGAGUUGCAGCCACUCUCGAAUCCGGCGAGAAGCUGAUCCAUUGCAAAGUUACACUCAAGUCUUCUCCAUUGAAGACCUGCAAGGUCCCAACCAACAUCAACAAGGGAAUCAAGGGAUUUGGUCUUACCAGUGUUAAGCAUACUGAUAACCCUAAAGACAAGCUUUUCUUGGUCCCAGCUUUAUUCUUUACAUCUUCCAAGUGAAACAAUUAAUGAGUGCUGCUAGCUUUUGGAUCGAUCUUGUCACAAUAGUCACUUGCUUGUGUUCAUCAAUCUGUUUUUUCUAUAUUCAUCAUCUAGUCUGCAUGUUGCAAACUUGCAAUUCUUUUCUAUUUUGAUGUAUUAAUUACUUCUUUCUUGUGCUUUCUAAAUAAUAAAAUGGGUUCUUUUUUUCUUAUAUAA